CCUGUGGUAAGUUGGUCAGCGGUCACACAUUUCAAGAUGGCGGCCGAUGUUGCUGUUGUUGUAAACGCGCUUCUAAACGAGGAUUCCACGCCCGAGAAAUACAUCAGCACCGUGCUAGACUGUUUAGAGGAGAAAAAAAGCCUCCAGGACAGUAGGACAACGUCUGAAUGGAUAGGCAAGGUCAAUGGCUAUCUUAAUUCCAAGAAAGAGAGAUCUCUUGGGCUGUGUAUGCUAGAGGCAACUAUUGAGCAAUGUGAUACAGAUGCCUUCACUGCCAAUUGCUGUACUUGGGUCCGGGCUCUACUACAAAUAAUACAGUCCUCACCAGAGUCUAGAACCACUAUUCAUUGUGCUAUCCAGCUACUAGAGAAUAUUCUACAAUAUGCAGUUCAGUUCUCAGAGCUUUCCCGCACCCUGGCCACCUCUAUCCUUCCAUCCAUACUUGGGGCGCUGCUAUCGUUACCUGAUCAGCUUGAUUCUCUGUCUGGUCUAUCGGCAUGUAUGAGACACAUGCCUGGCCCCGCAGGUGCUGUCAAGGUUCAAAUUGAAGAUUUGGUUGUCUCUUGCUUUGAGCAUUCUAAUGAAAAUAUACGAAAGGCAUCAAGUGAGUGCUUUGCGUUACUUGCUUCCCUCAGUUCUGGCGGUGGAGGUCAAAACAAGCAACAAAUAAACUGGGAACUGCAAUGGAGAAGGCUGCUAUUAUCUCUCAAACAGUCCUUAGAGAUGCUCUAUGAAGACACAAGUGAACACAGUAGUUCUGAGUCCCGAGUACAGUUGGGGGAGCUGCUGUCACUGAAAGAUGUGCCAGAUGAAGAGCCUUCUAGGACCAUGACCCUAGCUACAAGAUGUGCUGCAAUGCUAGAUGCCCUGACAGCCAUGACAAGGACUGGUAUUUCAAGGUUUGCUGUGAUCCCAUUAGAGCAAACAUUGCAAUUGGUAGAACGAGUCUCAUCAAUCACAGAGCCAGUUUUGAAGCAAAGUGGCUCACUAACCGUAGUAUUGCUGAGGACUGUUUUACCUUUGGUUCACAUCCCUGCAAUUGAUCUGCUCUCUGCAUUGAUACAGAGGUGUGGCAGUCUUCUUCUACCCUUCACAAGUGAAAUUGGAAAUCUUUUGACCAGAGCGCUUGGCUGGACGGGAAAUGCUACCAAUAACAAUCAUGAACAAGCAAUACCAUACAGCAAGCUACGAUGUGCAGUGUAUGAAUGCAUAAUUAACUGGAGUCACUUGAAUUGCUCAUUAUCACAACAAAUGUUCUCUAAACUGGUGGCAAGCAUUCUCUCUGAUAUAACUCCCCAAGUAUCUCAAACAAAGCUCAUCGCCCCUGUUGACCAAGGAAGAUCCAAGAAGGCAAAGAAGAGAAAGCUUCAAGAAGAUGUAGAGGAACUUGCUACCCGCCAAAGAAAGAUGAAUCCUCUGUGCAACAAAUCAGUCUGUAACAAAGCACUGCAAGGGCUUUCUUCCUUGCUGAUGGAUGGAGUAAAGAUGCCAGCAAAUAUUUUCCAGGAUCUUCAAUCAGCAGUUCUGUCACUCAUCCUACAGUGUCAAUCUACCUACCCACUCCCCCCUCCCUACUCAGAUGUGGUGUGCCGGCAGGGUCUGUACCGGGGCCUCCUAGCAUGCCUCAUCUGUCGCCCACCCGGUGCCCCCUCCAUUAUUCACUGUGCAGUGCAAUGCUUCACGUGUGGGAUGCAGGAUCCAAGUCUUCAGAUUUCAUGCUAUUGUCGCGAAGCGUUGACCGUGACUACCGCCCUGAUGCACCCGGCUGUCCCCACGCUAGGAGAGACGUUCCAACUUGUCAAGUUACAAUCAGCUUUUCACUUUACAAGCUCCAUAGAAAGGCCACCACUUCACGCGAAUGAUGAGCUAAGCCGAGAGAGCCAGAAGUCAUUGGUAGUCAGCGGUGAGAGUAUUAGCACCAUGCGCUCUGAUGAUCAAGAACCCAGGAUGAACGAGACCAAUCCUUCAGACGUGCCAACUCGCGGGAACAUUGUCGGUGUUGAUAGCAGUACUUCGCAAACAGGCAACCUUGUAGAUGCAUCACGACGACAAAUGGAUAGCUGCACAACCUCAGAGUCGAAGCCCAUUGAUACGACAACUAUAAAUGAUGUCAGAAAAUCAAGUAAAAUGGUGUACCCAGAAGAUCAGUUCUCGGACCCCAAGCAUGCACCCAAAUCUAUCGCCACAGAAACCAGGAGUACAGUCGAAACGCUAGAUCAUUUGUUGUCAAAUUCCAAGGGUAACUCUGUUAAAAAAAUUAGUGAUCACGGAGAAAUGAGUAAAACCAAGAACAUGCCCUCAAGUUUAUCGAAUGGAAGCGAAAAUGUCGUGAAGAAAGUGCCAGAUGUUCCCCCGCCAAAGAAAACUCGUUAUGAGGAGACAAGUCCUGAGCUCAAAAAUACAACGCAAGGGUCAGAAAGAAUGGUCACCGGUGAAGUUCGUGUGAAUAAGAGUGCGGCCGCAGCAACGAAUGCAGAGGCUUCUACUGUGGAUAUGGGAUGCUCCCUGAAGCAAGCAGAGGACGACAUGGAGGCGAUGUUGGCAUCGUUUGUGAAUUCCUCUCCCGACUCGGAUGAAUUAGAUCAUUACGAGCUCUAGAUAUGCGAACACAGGCCCGUACCCAGGAUUAUUCUUGGGGGCGUGCGAAAUCCGAAAAAGUGGACCUAAUUUUUUGGGGGGAGGGAGUUUUCUGAUAUUUUUUAUUUUUUUGAUAUUUUUUCCGGCACGAAAACCCCACGGCCGCCAUCUUGGAUAACGCGCUCCGCAGGGGGCGCAUUCCGCCCUCCCCCUGCGGAGCGCGUUAUCCAAGAUGGCGGCACACUUCGUGUUUUCGGGGUUUUCGUGCCGGAAAAACUAUCAAAGCCUACAAGUAUGCUAAUACCAGAGUGAUCUAGCUUAUGCUUUAUAGUUUUGUCUACAAAUAGCACGUCUAUUGAGAACCGAAAGUGGACUUAAGGCCGUUGUGGGAGGGUGCGUACUCUCUCCUCAAUCAGCCCAUUCCCUAGAGGUAUUCAGGAUUCCUAUGGUUUCCCUUGAUGCAAGAGGGGCUUGGGAGAUCUAUACCAGAGAACGCAACGUCACAUCAAACACAGGAAACAUAAAACAUCAACGGAACGAACACCAGAAACUUGGCCGCCAAUUAUCUUAGGCUUAUUUGCAUAAAAGCUACCACUGCUCACCCCCAAUUGACCAAUACUAAGUAUGUGCCUUUGUCUUUUGGUUAAAGCCGCAUUGUCACCAGUUUACUUCCGGAAACCUCAACCGUUAAAAGACAAAAGAAUCCAUUAUAAUCCGAGAUAUAUAACAGGCCAUCCGUUCUAAAUUAUCAAUCACAACCUCAAAGAAACUUCCAAUAGACAUACUGCUUUCAAUAUUUUGAAAUAUUUUUCGCGUUUUCCGUUAAAAAUCAUCGGAGAUUGUUACGUAAUCGACCUGAAGUAAACUGGUGACAAUUCGGCUUUAAUUGUCUGUGGGAUAAUGUGGGAACUGUUUGCAUGGGGCUUAACAGUCGGGCCUCAUCCAGGGGGGGGGGGGUGUUUCAGGGUAUUCUGAAGAACCCCCAAUUUGACUGGAAGGUCCACUCUAUUGAAGGAAAUAUGAGUACCACUUUGAGCUAGGACGAGCUACCUAAGAGAAAAUGGUCCAAACAAACCCCCCCUGCUCAAAAUCCUGGCUACGGGCCUGUCAGGAAAACAAGGCUCAUGGGUGAAGUGAAUUGAAGUAGUGCAAGAGGCAUUCAAUACUAAAACCUCCUCUACAGUUUUUCUGACCUAAAUCACACUAUUGCUUGAGCCCAAUGUGUAGGAGACUAAACCUCUAUGCUCUGGACCAGUUCUUUUACAGCAUACCAAACCUGGGCUAUUACUAGAACUAAAAAUAAUAAUUGCCUUCCCCUUGCUUAUACUGGGGCAUGAUUGAGAGUUACUGUAAUGUUGCCUGAUGUUAAGGUCUUGCCAAUAAACAAACAACUAACCCAA